AAACAAACAAUGGCCGGCUGGGACAGGGCGGGAUCGGUAUUUGCUUACUGCUUCAUUCUCACCCUGUGUCUGCUGGGCGGGUAUGAGGGACUGGAGAGAGACCAGAAUGGAUACGUCAUGUACUGCCCGUGUAUGGGUAGAUUUGGAAACCAGGCUGACCACUUCCUUGGUGCUCUGGGAUUUGCAAAAGGCCUCAACCGCACCCUGGUAUUGCCACCAUGGGUAGAAUACAAACCGGGUAAUCCUAGAUCAAUCCAGGUUCCAUUUAACACCUACUUCAAAGUUGAACCGCUCACUAAAUUCCAUCGUGUGGUGCUGAUGCAUCAGUUCAUGGAGGAGUUGGGCAGCACUGUGUGGCCCCAAGAGGAAAGGAUUGCUUUCUGCUAUGUCCCUCGUCAUAAUUCGGAAGGCUGCAAUGCCAAAGAGGGCAACCCCUUUGGGCCUUUCUGGGAUACAUUUGGGGUUGACUUUGUGGGCUCUGAGUUUUACCGUGGCCUCACCUAUGAUGUCCACUAUCAGAACAUGGCUGACAAGUGGAGUGACUUGUACCCUCCCAGCAAGUGGCCAGUGUUAGCCUUCACUGGAGCACCGGCGAGCUUUCCUGUUCAGGAGAAUAAUCGGGGCCUUCAUAAGUAUCUGGAAUGGAGUGAUGCAGUGCUCAAUAAGGCUAAAAAGUUUAUCAACUCUCUCCCCUAUGGACAUUACAUUGGCAUACACCUUCGCAAUGGAGUGGACUGGGUCAGGGCUUGUGAACAUGUGCACCACAGUCCCAACCUCUUCGCUGCACCUCAGUGCCUUGGUUACCGCAAUGAACAUGGGAAGGCCACCACAGAGCUGUGUCUUCCUUCCUUCAGUACUAUUGUCAAGAAGCUGAAGCGUGUUGUCAAGGCCACAGGAGCUGCCAGUGUGUUUGUGGCUUCAGACAGUGACCAUCUCAUCCCAGAGCUGAGCAAGGAGUUGAGGAAGAUGAAGGUGAGUGUACACAAGCAUGAGCCUGCUGAUCCCCAUGUCGACUUGGCCAUCUUGGGUCGUUCCAAACACUACAUUGGCAACUGUGUCUCAUCUUUCUCUGCCUUUGCCAAGCGGGAAAGGGAUGCAGCAGGCUUCCCUUCCUCGUUCUGGGCAUUUCCACUAGAGAAAGAGAAGUCAGCAAAACAGUCUGCCUCAGCCACUCGCCAUAUUGAGUUAUAGCGCACAUCAGCUCUAGAGCAUGAGUUCUGACAAACUUUUCAUUCAUCUGAGGAGUGUCUCUGUCAGUCUUCCCAUCGAGCAGAGUGAAGAAGCUAUGUGACAUUGAGUGAUAUA